AGAAAUGUUGAACGCUCAGUGUCUCUUUUAUGACGUGCUGCUGGCUCAGGAUGUUUCCACAAAAGGCUCGGGCCGCUCAGGUGCUAUAAAGAGCAGCAGCUGCAGCACAGGUAACACACAACAACAGCAUCCAGCAACCAGCCGGGCAACCAGAGAGCAUCAUGACAUCCAGCGGCAUGAACACAACAGGCAGGGUUGUCUUCUUCGAGGACAGGAACUUCCAGGGUCGCUCCUAUGAGUGCAACAGCGACUGCGCCGACAUGUCGUCUCACCUGAGCAGGUGUCAGUCCUGCAGGGUGGAGCGCGGCUGCAUCAUGGUCUACGACCGCGCCAACUUCAUGGGCAACCAGCUGCUCCUGAAGAAGGGCGAGUACGCCGACAACACCAGCCUGGCCGGGAUGAACGACUGCAUCCGCUCCUGCCGCAUCAUCCCCAUGCACCGCGGCUCUUUCAGGAUGAGGAUCUACGAGAGGGAGAACUUCGGAGGAAAGAUGAACGAGCUGGUGGAUGACUGCGAUAACGUGAGCGAGCGUUUCCGGAUGGCGAACUGCCUGUCGUGUAACGUGAUGGACGGACAGUGGCUGAUGUUCGAGCAGCCUCACUACAGAGGUCGUAUGAUGUACAUGAGGCCCGGAGAGUACCGCAACUUCACCAACAUGGGCAACAUGAGGGUGAUGAGCAUGAAGCGUAUCAUGGACUCCAACUAG